AAAGCCGCCGAAGCGCCAUGAGUGUAAGAAAUCUACCCCUUGAGUGUUUCAAUCGAUCCACCCAAUUUAGAAUACAGAAUACCACACGCAUUUCCUAUCCUUUUGUAAACCUACUAUUUUUAUUUUCAUCCAUUGUUUCUUCAAAACUUCAAACUUCACAGAACUGGUAUUCUGGGAUAAAUAAUCACUAACAUCAUGGCACAGUACGGAUACGGUGGGCAGCAGAACCCCUUUGACGAGCGGAAUAGCGCUGUCAAUAACGGCUACGGACAACAAGAGUACGGAGAUGAAUAUGGCUCAAAUGUCGAGAUGGCUUCGCUCACCCAAAACCAAGGCGGCUUUGGAGGUGGAAAUGCGAACUCUAUCCUGGGCGAGGUCACGGAAAUCAACCGCGGGAUCGAUAUGAUUGACCGAAAUCUUGACCAACUUAAGAUGCUUCAACAAAGAGCCCUCGACGACGCCGACGCUUCCGCUUCCAGCAACACCAAUCGCCAACUAGAUGCCCUCAGCUCCGAGACUAUGGCCCAUUAUAGAUCGCUCACCGACCGCGUCCGACAAUUAAAGAGCAACCCUGAGAGCCAGCAGAAGUUUGCUCAACAAGUUCGACGCGUCGACAGCCGAUUAAAGGAUGCGAUUAGGGCCUACCAGGGUGUCGAGUCGGCGUUCCGCAAGAAGACCCAAGAACAGAUGGCGCGACAAUACCGCAUCGUACGACCCGAUGCCGACGAGGAAGAGGUGCGAGCUGCCGUUGAGGAUCAAACUGGUGGUCAGGUUUUCCAGCAAGCAUUAAUGCAGAGCAACCGUCGUGGUCAAGCCCAAGCUGUUCUGAGCGCUGUGCAGGAUCGUCAUGCACAAUUAAAGAAGAUCGAGCAGCAGAUGAUCGAAUUAGCGCAGCUGUUCCAAGAUAUGGAUACGCUCAUUAUUCAACAAGAAGUCGCUAUUGCCAACAUUGAGCAAAAGGCUGAAGAAACAGUUGAGAAUCUCGACAAAGGUAAUCAAGAAGUGGGUGUAGCUGUCAACACUGCUAGGGCGACACGAAAGAAGAAGUGGAUUUGCUUGGGUAUUGUCGUUGCUAUUAUUGCCGUUAUCGUCAUCAUCGUCGCGGUAUAUGUAUCGGUUACAAAUGCGGCGAAAAACACGGCUACCAAGCGCGACAUCAUACAACCAAACAUCCGGUCAUGGUUCGAAAACGUGGCUGUUCCCCAACUUCUUAGCGAAAGAGCCCAUCCAAGGGCAUUUAUCGCUAGCGGUGGGCAUUCGGGCGCGUAAUACAGGAUUGCUACUUAUUCUUUCCUUAUAAUCGAGCUUCAUCGCAGUCUAAUCUACUUAGAAAGAAAGUACAAGUAGGACAGGCGGAUGUGCUCAUUCCCCACUACUCAUCACACCUACUAUUCACGAACUUUGGCACGCAAUCUCCUUCGUGUUCGCUUCGUAUAUUAUACCUCCCCGUCGUCAUUAUACAUAUUUAACUCGGAUACCUUUUUGCGUGGUAAUUUGAAGCCGAACCGCUUGAUUCGUCAGCUGGAAGUCAGACUCGAUAUUGGAUUCCAAUGGACGGAAAGCGAAGGUUGGCUACCUACCGAUAGAAGGGGCGGAUUGUCUCUGGUAGCUUUCUGGCUACCUGGUCCUAGGAGAAAAUCAAUCCUUUGUGUACUCGGUCUUAUUUGUAAGCAGGCUUGGAGAAGAGGAGUUGCUCGCAUUUCCCGGCGUUUGGACUCACUACGCAGAAUUUUAUUGAGUGCUGUUUCAUUGGACUGCAACUUGCAUUAAUGCUGAGUGUGUGUAUUGUUGUCUGUUGUUUGCGUACUUGAAUUGGUGUGAUAAUGUUGUGGAACUAUUAGUGAAGGCAUACGUACUGGAGUAUUUAACACUGGGCGACACGUAAGUACAUAAUCGAAUCAGGUGUUGGUGUUAAUUAGUCUCUAUUUUGGGGUAUGUCUCAGGGGGUUGUUCUUGGGUAUAUGCAUAUAACCGCAGACUAGGUAUCACCAAAUAUGAAUUUAAGCACCUGA